GGAGAAGGAAGAGGAGGAGGAGAAAAAGAGAAGAGGAGGAGAAGAAAAGGAAGAGGAAGAGAAAAAGAAGGGGAGGAGGAACAGGAGAAGGGGAGGAGGAGAAAAGGGAGGAGGAGGAGGAGGAGAAGCCCGGCGGCUGGGAAGUAGCCGCACCGACUGGGCUCCUUUUGGCGGGCGGCUGCUCUUCCUUUCCCUCUUUGGGGCCCGUUUUUGGUGCCCAGCGGCCCCCCGAGGGUCUCCCUCCUUCCCUCCCUCCCUCCUUCCCCGGCUGUGUCUCUCUCUUUCUCCAGCCGCCCUCCUCGCAUCGCCCCUUCCUUGGCUGGGAACUGAAGGCCUCCUUUGCCAAAGGGAAAAGGGGGGAAAGCAAAGUGCCCCCGGAUUGAAAGCGAGGGAAUAAAGCCCCAGAGCAGAGCCAAGGCCCGGAGCUGGGGACGAAGAGGGCUUGGAGCUGAGGCCUUGGAGGAUCAUGGCGCUGGAUUUCCUGGCUGGCUGCGUAGGAGGUGCUGCUGGUGUGUUGGUAGGACAUCCAUUUGACACAGUUAAGCUGCCCAGCCAGAGCCUGAAGAAGUGAGACCAAAACUCCCAGAUUUGCCCAGCCAGCCUGGCCACUAGCCGAAGGAUUCUGGGGGUUUUAGUCAAAAAAGACAUUCUUCCAAGCUCUAUGACAGAUAAGCCUCAUCACGGGAGAGUUACCUAGUACGCCUUCAAGUUCAAAAUGUGGAGAGGCCACUUUAUCGUGGGACCUUGCACUGUUUCCAGUCAAUCAUAAAACAAGAAUCGGCCCUUGGACUUUAUAAAGGUAUUGGGUCACCUAUGAUGGGACUUACCUUCAUUAACGCCCUUGUGUUUGGGGUGCAAGGGAACACACUCCGUGCUCUUGGAAAGGACACACCGCUAAACCAGUUCCUUGCAGGUUCAGCAGCGGGUGCCAUCCAGUGCGUCAUCUGCUGUCCCAUGGAACUGGCUAAGACGCGGAUGCAGCUGCAAGGAACGGGGGAAUAUAAGCUGAAAUCCAAGAACUAUAAAAAUUCUCUGGACUGCUUAGUUAAGAUCUACCACAAGGAAGGUCUGAAAGGCAUCAAUAGGGGCAUGGUGUCCACGUUCAUGCGAGAGACCCCCAGCUUUGGUUUCUACUUUUUGACUUACGACUACCUAACUAGGUACCUGGGGUGUGAGGCAGAGGACAGUUACAUUAUCCCAAAGCUGCUGUUGGCCGGAGGCAUGUCUGGAAUCGUCUCCUGGCUAUCAACAUACCCAGUGGAUGUGAUCAAGUCCCGCCUUCAGGCUGAUGGAGUUGGUGGAGUCAUGCGGUACCAGGGUAUUCUGGACUGUGUUAGAAAAAGCUACCAUGAAGAAGGCUUGAGGGUAUUCAGCAGGGGUCUUACAUCCACGCUUCUACGGGCUUUCCCUGUGAAUGCUGCAACUUUUGCCACUGUGACAGUGUUCCUGAUGUAUAUGCGAUCAGAAGAUAACCAGAUCAGAGGUGAUCUAAGUGGGUGUGAGGCUGGUCCUGCAAUCCAGCAGCCUUCAAGCUUUUAGAUUUGUAGUCAAGGAUCUAAUGCACCUGUUACAAAUUUGAGAUGCAAUCAGUCAUCUUCUUUUUAAAAAAAAAAAUAUCCCCAGAUGUAGACACUACAUUUCUGUCUGUAUAAAGCAUUCUUUUAAUGUUAACUGAGGGUUUUACCUUCUUCAUAAAAACAACUUUAAUUGCUUUUGACAUCUAGGGAAUAAAAAUACUUGCCUUUAAAAACAACAACAUGAUUUUAUAAAGAGACACAUCCACACAGAUUCCAAAUACACACCACCACCACUUCCUAGUGUAUUGUGGACUACCUGGUACCACCCUUACCUGCUGAUAUAUACUGAAGGUCAAUAGACCUUACAUAGAAUCUUUCGUUGGGGAGCAAGUUGGAAGUCGUGAUAUCGUGGAGUGCACAUAUAUGUUCAAUUUAAGUAGGCCUGCUUGUUCCUGGCAUGAAAAAUACCCCAGCUUCAGUCUUGGCAUCUCCAAGUGGCAUUGUUAAAGAUCUGAAUAGAGCUAUAUUUUUGGGGAGGUGAGGGGAGCAUAUCUAUCAAAAGGUGUUGUUCCACUGAAUUCCUCUUUUUAAAAAAUCCCUCUUAUGGCAAGGGUGCCUGUGGCCCUUUAGGUAAAUUACAGCGCCCAUUAUCUUUGGCAGUUGGCAAUCCUGGUGGAGAUAAUAGCAUUUGUAGUCUAACAACAACAUGUCUGCUUGAAACAAAUCCUCUUAACAAGCAUUUACCAUGUUAUUGAGGUGAUACAUUAGCCAUUAGCAAGCCCUUACUCAUUUUACCAUGAACAUACUUGAGUACAAUCUAGCAACUUGCUUUUUCUCUUGAUCAGUUUUCUGCUGUACAUAUUUUCCUGCUAUUUUAAAUAUUUUGUUUUGCUGUGCUUGGCAGGGUAAUACCUACAUUUGUAUAUUCACUGAAAUGUAUUUGGACAAGCCAAGUUUGCUGCUGUUUUGCAUUUGUCUUCAUGAUUUUCUACUGUAUUGUGUGGUUGGAUUUUAACAUGGUUUAAGAAUUUAGGGGAGGACUUCCAUGUAUUGAUGGAACUUUUACAGCUAUGAGUUGUGUUCAUUGGCAAGUGAAAGAUUAAAACAAUGCUUCCAACUCAGGAACGUGUUAAAGCUUAGAAUGUAGUAGAGAGGUAAAGAAUGUGUGCUUUUUAGAUGUGGUUGGACUCCUGUUCUCAUUGUCCCCAGCAAAAUGGUAACCGGUCAGGGAUGGUGAUAGUUAUGGCAUAGCCACAUUUGAAGUGCUGCCCAUACCUCACCACUAACGUGGAAUAGGUUGUCGAGACAGGAUCAGCCUAAUGGUAAGUGAUAUCAAUGUAUAGGAAGAGGAUAAAUGAUACUGGUCUUUUUAUUAUUUUUUUAAACUUACCAUAUAUACUUGACUAUAAGUUGACCAUAUAUAUAAGUCGAGGGCAGGUUCUGGGGCCAAAAUUAUGGAUUUUGAUAUGACCUGUGGAUAAGAUAAUGGUAAAACUUAGGUAUAUGUAACCAACGAGCUAAAGGAUGAAGCAAAGAAAAACAAUGCCAAAGAACUUUAAAAAUUCCAGCAGGCAUAACUGUUUGUGCUCACACUAAUGGAUGGAUGAGAGGGGUUAGGUGUCAGUGCUUUCAGAACAGAUUACACUUUUUCCUUUCAUCAGGGGAUGAUUCCUUUUUUAAGUGUUAAAGUGUAGUACUUACAUUGGCCCAUGGAUAGGUCAACUCAGGUUUUUGGGUCAAUUUUUUACUAAAAAUUUUAGUCUUAUAGAUGAGUAUAUACAGUAAUUUUAACACAAACAAAUUUACAUUCAAAGUAAUAUACUGUACAUUGAGAAAAUAAAGGAAAAAAACCAACCAAUAUACAAUACGACUUUGACACCCCCCCCAAAAAAAAAUCCUGGUUGUAAUGAAAAUAAAAAUACAAAAGAAAAAAAA